AUGUACGGAGCAAACGACAUUCUUGUGUGCAAGCACAGAGCGCGCCGCUCCUACUUGAUCGAUCCCCAUCUGCCCCGCGUGCCGCAUUGUCUUGUCUUGCUUGCUCGACGACAGACUUUCGGUCUUGGCUUUUGUGUCAGUACUGCGGGGCUGGACAAGCCCGAAGCCCCCAAAAGACAAGGCCGCUACAAGUCACCCCCAGGUUACCCUGGCCAGCGUGCCUGCCGCCUGUUUGACUCCUGGAAUCAACCAAGACACCCACCACGGCCCUUUUUCCUUUCUCUUCCAAACACUACCGCCGCAUUCCCCCCCCUCACGAUCAUGAGCGCCCUUGGUCGCAAUGCGCCGCUCUCUCCGAUAUCUGUAGGUGGAAACGAGUGGUCCACGCCGAAAUAUCCUCCCGGUCCCGACGGUCCUUAUUCCAACAAUCGCGGCAACCUCGCCUCGCCUCCCAAUUCGGGCGGCUCCAACGGCAACAUGAACAUCAACGGCUUUCCUGGAGCUCCCAGAAGCACUGGUGGCCCUUCUCCGCCCCCCUCGAUCGGCCGCUCGUCCGGCGGUACCAACAUGUACGCUAGAAGCGAUGCUGGUCUUCCCAACGGCGGCCCUGGCGGCCUCGGUGGCCAGCAAAGGGCCAGCGACAUUGAUGAGGGCGUCCUCCACGAGCACUACCUGACCCUCCGCGUCUUUCUCAACUCGCGCGACUCGGCCGCAAAGCAGCAACCUAACAAGGCGCGCGAUAAGCUCCUGCGACUCUCCUCUGUGCAGUUCUACGAGCUGAGUACCGACGUCUUUGACGAGCUGAUGCGCAGGCAAGCCACUGCUCGCACCCCCCCGAAUGCUCCCAAACGCCCGCCUACCUUUCUACUCCCCGAAAAGGCCUUUCACCCCAAACGAAACCAGGCCCGUCAGCGACUCUCUUCUCUCGGACCCCCCCGCUUCCGAGACUUGGCCGCCGAUGUCUUUUCCGAGCUUGAACGCCGAUUCCCCCGGUUCGUGGGCGGUGACAUACCCCGUGGGAACAGCGCCAUGUCCAACCGCAGCGGUGGCCGCACAGGCACACCCGUCAACGGCGGGUUUCCUCCUAGAGGUCAGAGUCGCGCCAGACGUCCGUCAGACGCAAGUUCGAUGAGAGGCGGUCCUCCACCCCCAGACCCUUAUGGGGUUCCUCCUUCUCCGGGACUGAGCAACGGCGACUACAAUCGACCCAUGCCCAAGCACCUCAAUCAAAAUAAUACGAUAAUACCCAACAAGAGUACCAUGCUCGAGGAAGAUGACGACGGAGAGGGCUCACCAGAAGUUGACAGGAAGCUUAUUGACGACUACGAAGCGCAACUCAAGGAGCUACGGGAAAAGUUUGCAGUCAUGGAAACCCAGAAACGGGACGAAAGCUCGAGAGAAACCCAGGAGUGGGCCAACAAGCUAGCCGAGGCCGAAAGCAGAAACAGUUCAAUGAAGCAGGAACUGAGCAGACUACAGGAUGAUCACGCCCGGGAAACGAGCGAUUUGCAAUCGAGAUUGGCCGAGAUGGAGCGGAACUCUGGAAGCAUACGCGACAGUGGGGUCUUGGAAAUGGAGAAUGAGGAGCUACGCAACUCGCUUAAUCGACAACAACGAGUCACGGAAGAGGUCCGUCAAGAGGCACAGGAGUUCCUCCGCGAGAUGCGCACGCUCUCCGAGCAAAGCCACGCCCGCUUCGAAAAGCAAGUAGAGCUGGAGCGCAACGUCGAAGCGCUCGAGGGAGAAGUGAAGGAAUGGCGAAAUCGGUAUGCCCGCACUAAGACACAGCUCCGCAGCCUGCGCGCCUCGUCGCUCGGCCUUUCCCAGGACAACGAAGGCGCACGCAUAAUUCGAGAAAACGGGUUCAGCGACGACAAUGGUCUUGUCAAGGACGUCCACGUCACCAAGUACCAGAUUGCAAUCGAUGAACUGCUCCAGUCGGCGCGCAGAGACAACCCGGAAAGGACGAUUGACGCAAUGAAGGCCGUCGUGGUGAGCGUGCGGCGAAUUACGAGGGACGCCGACGACGGGGCGCGACACGACGAGCAACUAGCGCAGCAGCAGGGCAAGAUCAAGGCCAAAGUUUCUGCAACGGCCAACAAUCUUAUCACAGCCACCAAACACUUUGCUGCCGGGGCGGGCAUCUCGCCGGUAUCACUGGUAGAUGCCGCGGCGUCCCAUCUUACGGUGGCCAUUGUCGAGCUACUUCGUGUUUGCAAGAUUCGACCGACGCCGGCGGGUGAGCUCGAAGACGACGAUGAUGGAUCGGUCACGCCAGUGGAUUCAGCCGGCUUCUUUUCACCCCGCAGCACAUCACAUGCAGGAUCUUCGCAAAACUCAUUACCAGCACCGCCGGCAUUUCAGGGACUAAGUGGCAUGCGGGCGAGCGCGGAGUCGUCUGCGUAUAGCCCGAUAAAUUCGCCGCGAGAAUCGAUAGACCCGUAUGGACGAAACGGCGCCAACGGCGGCCACGGCCUGGCGAAUGGCUACGGAAAUGGCAGCAACGGUCGUGACGACGGCUACAAAGCGUACAUUGGGUACUAA